AUGACCACCUUGGCAUAUAACCUCAAAUGGCCAACAUUGAUUGAUAUCUUUGCUAUUCUGUAUUGCUGUAUUGACGUUGGUAUUUCUAUUUUUAGAUACACCUUUUUAGGAUAUAAUGAAAUGAUGCAAUUUGCAUCCUUUGCUGGAUUGGGUGGAUUAAACUUUGUUUUGUCUUGGGGUGGAACUGUGGGUUCCUAUGUAAUUCAAUCUUGGAAAUCAACCAAUUCCGGAAGUGAUAGUGACGUCAAAAGCAAUAGUGAUGAUCCAACUUUAGACAAAGGAGGAGUUACUCUGGAAAUCCCAGAAAAUGAUGUUAAUUCACCACAACAAAGUCGAAACUUUAGAAACAUUAUGACCACUCAAUUAACCAAUCCUAUAACCAUUUAUCUUAUUGCUAUUUUUUUUAUAAUUGUUUAUGGAUCAAUUCGAUAUUCAACAACAUUCAUUCCAUUCUAUCAACAAAAUAUUGAGUCAUACGCUGCACAUUCACUUGUCAAAGUCGGAUGUGUUAUUGGCUCUAACAAUGAUGUUGAAAAUAAAUACUAUGUUGAUCGAACGGAAGAAUUAGCGCGAAAUGGCAGCAAAUUUAUUUUAUGGUCUGAAGAAGUAGCCAUUGUUAAUAGCACUGCCCAAUAUAAUGAUCUUGAGCUCAGUAUAAAAAAUAUAUCCCAAAUUUACAAAACCUACAUUGGAUUCACUUAUUAUGAUGCAUCAUCGACUAGUGGAAUAGCAUACAACAAAUUAACUGUAGUAUCACCAGAUGGCGAUAUUUUGAUUAAUUAUGCCAAAGCAAAUUUAGUACCUUUGCUAGAAACUGGUCUAGCUGCUGGUCCUAAGAUUUUGCAAACUAGUACUACUUCAGAUUUCGGUACUAUUGGAGGUGCAAUUUGUUUUGACUAUGAUUUUCCAAACGUAGUUAACCAAGCAUCAAAUAAUGUUGAUUUCAUGAUACAGCCCUCAGAUACUUGGGGUAAUUAUUUUUGUCCAACUGCUGCUCAUCAUUUUCGUGUCAAUUCGAUAAAAUCAAUUGAACUUGGAUUCACAUUAUUCCGAUGCUGCCAUUAUGGAUUCUCUGGAGUUUGGGGACCCUAUGGUCAACCCUACGUGGCAGUAGAAACCGUGGAAGAUUUAAUAUUAUCAUUUGACAUACCUUUACAUAAACGCGUUAAAACGGUUUAUGGUAUUUUUGGUGAAUCUUGGGCGUGGAUUUGUCUAGCAUUUUCUAUAUUGAUUUGUAUUAUCAUGCUUGCAUUAACCUUCUUACCAGCCCAUAUGGAUCAUCUUAGAAAACCUAUUAAGAGGUUAUUUCCGUGA